AUGGUUGAACCACCAAAAAAAAGAAGAAAACAAACAUAUAAAUGUAAUGUUGGAUCUAAUAAAAGAGUUGAAUAUGGAAUAUUUGGAUUAUUUUUUACUUGUGAUGGUCAUGAAAAACAAGCUAUAGGUGAAGCUAAAGAUUUAAUUGAUUCAGCUAUUAAUGAAGCUGGAUUGGCAAAAUGUAAUGAUAAUGAUAAUAAAAAAAAUAAUGAAGAAAAUGAUAAAUGUAAUGACAAAGAAAUUGAUAUUAUUGAUGCUUUGGCUAAGGAGAUUAAUGAAGAGAAAGAUAAAAGUAAGAAAGGAAAUACUUUAUGGUCCCGUCAACAACCUACAGGAUGUAAGAACAGUAUCUUUUUAACAACACCACAAAUUGAAAAUUCUAAAGAUAUUUACAAUAUCUGUGAUAGAAUUGUUGAAAAAUGUCAAAAAUCUUUAAAUACAAGAUUUCUUCAACGAAUAGAACCUGUUGAGAUUACUUGUGAAGUUAAUGAAAGUAAUAUAGAAGAAAAUCUUAAAAAUUUAAUAAAUGAACAUUUUAAUGAAGAUAUAUGGGUUGAUUUUAGACCAACAUUUGCCAUAAAUUUUCGUUCUCGAAAUAAUGAUAAAAUUAAAAAAUCUUGGGUAAUAGAAAUAAUAGGAAAUUAUAUGCGAGAAAAUUUUAAACAUGUAAAAGUUAAUCUCAAUAAACCUGAUCUUAUGAUAAAUGUCAGUAUUGUUUGUAGAUCUGUUUUUCUUGGAAUUGUACAAAACUAUAGUAAUAGAAGAAAAUUAAGUCUUAGACCUGAUUCUGAGGCUGAAUUAAAUGCUAAGAUAAGUAAGGAAAAAUCUAAAAAUGAAAGUAAAGUAAAAGAAGAUGUAACAGUUUAA